AUGUCCAAUUUACAAGCUCGCGCUGGCAUAUCGACAGUCCAGCCGCCCCUCUCUCAGGCGGUUGGGUAUGUCGUUGUCGUUGUGAUUGGAGUCAUCAUAGCUCUGGCAAUGAUGCUCAUCACCAGGGUUUUAAAGAAAACCACCGGAGAAGAUAAUGAAAAGACUGAAAUGUGGGAACAAAAUCUUCUUUCUCUGAAUUAUGCUAACUUCACAAGGUUUAUCACGGCAAACCGGACAGUUCGAACAGGCCUCACUGCCUCCGCUGUGAUUUCGUCUUGGCUUUGGUCAACAUCUCUACUGGGAUCAUCAUUUGUGGGCUACGACUAUGGUGUCGCUGGGCCAUUCUGGUUUGCAGCAGGCUGCAGUCCGAUGAUUGUGUUCUUUGCACUGCUGGGAAUUUCCUGUAAGAGGAAGAUUCCUGAGGCGCAUACUUCGCUUGAAGUUGUCAGAAUUCGAUAUGGACGUAUUGCUCAUGUGGUGUUUAUGAUUCUUUGUCUGGUGAAUAAUAUCUUUGCUUGUGCAAACAUGCUGCUUGGUGCCGCUGCGGUCAUUACUGCAGUUACCGGAAUGCAUAUCAUCGCAGCUACGUUUUUGUUACCGGUCGGAGUGACAGUUUUCCUGACCGAUUAUUUCCAUACGGCCAUUAUUAUGAUCAUCGCGUGUUACUUCUCCGUCAAGGCUUUUUCAAACGAUCAAAUUGGUUCUGUGGGAGAUCUUUUCGAACUUCUUCAAGCAGCUGCCCAGAGGAAUCCAGUCUCUGGUAAUCAGGAUGGGAGUUAUUUGACCAUGACCUCCAAGAGUGCAAUCCUUUUUGGAAUCCUGCACACCCUUGGCAACUUUGGUCUGGUCAUUAUGGAUACAAGUUACUUCAUCAAGGCUUUCUCUGCUUCCCCCGCUUCAGUAGUUCCUGGCUACACUAUUGGUGGGAUAGCCUACUUCGCCAUUCCCUGGGGCCUCGGAACAGUCAUGAGUUCCGUUGCCCUUGGUUUGGAGAAUCAGCCUAACUUCCCAACUUUCCCAAGGAUGAGGUCAGCAACGGUCUCGUUCUCCCCCUACGCGGCAAUGACACUCGCGGGCAAAGGAGGCGCGGCAGCUGUUCUCCUCAUGACUUUCAUGGCCUGUACAUCGACUCUCUCCGCGCAAGUUAUUGCCGUUAGCUCCAUUUUGAGCUUCGAUGUAUACCGCGAGUACUUCAAAAAGAAAGCUACCGACCUCGACUUGAUCCGCGCCAGUCAUUUUGGUGUUAUUUUCUUCGCUGCGUUUUCGGCUGGCUUCAGUACAAUGCUCCAUUACGUGGGAAUCAAUCUAGGAUGGACACUAUAUAUGCUUGGUGUCGUGACAUGUCCGGGAAUCUUCCCGAUGAUUUUCACUAUCCUUUGGCGCCGCCAAAGCAAAGCUGCGGCAAUACUUGCGCCCAUUCUCGGUCUCGCCACGGGUUUGGCCGUGUGGCUUGGUCUGGCGAAGCGAUUUAGCGGUGAGUUAUCCGUCGCUUCAACGGGAGAGGUCCUUCCCUGCAUGUAUGGGACCGUCGCGUCGUGUCUUUCGCCAAUCCUAUACUCGGUUGUAAUCACGGCUAUACGACCACAAAACUAUAAUUGGGAUGAUUUCAAGAAGGAGAAGCUCUCCCUUGAGAAGUUGGAUAGUGACUUGACAACGGCCCAUCAUCACGAGGCCUCCGGAGGUAGUAUUGAGGACGGCGGGCCUUCUUCUGGGCCCAAUCAGAAAGAGUUGAAAAGAUGGGCAACCAUUGCUGCUUUCUGGGCUGCAGCAACCUUUUUCGGUCAUUGGGUCAUCUGGCCACUGCCUAUGUAUGGGUCCGGCUAUGUCUAUUCCAAAAAGUUUUAUAUCGCCUGGGUUGUCGUCGGAAUUAUCUGGCUUUGGCUCAGUAUGCUGGUUGCUAUCUUCUAUCCUAUUUUCGACGGUGGCAUUCAACAGAUUCGGGAUGUAUAUCGCGGAUUGAAAGGAAACAAGGUCGUCACUGAAGCGGUUCGGGGUAAUGAAGGGAAGGGUGAUUCGAGUAUCUCCCCUUCCGCUGGUUCUCUGAGUGAUACCACUCACGUUGGUGAUGCGCAAGACAAGUCUUGGGCGCUUUGA